UCUCAGUGUCUUUAAAAGGCCAGCUGGUCAGCUCAGGCAGGCAGAACAUCAGCACCACUGAUAACAAAGCAAACCCAGCAGCACAGCUUCUCUUCACUUGCCUUCUUCAGAACUUUUGUUUUUAAAUCACAAUCCAGAUGGAGUCCAAGAAGAACUGCAGCAUCAGCCAGAAGUGGACCAAGAAGAUGCCCAAAGGAGUAGAAUUGGAGAUUUCCCAUCAGCCCCCAUCCAUGAGGUGCGUCGCCAACCUGAUCAUCGCCAUGGAGAGGCUGAAGGCCGGCAUGUCAGAGUCGAUCCUGAGCCCCGACUUCAGCGACGAAAGCCUCCUCAGCAUUAUGCUGGAGAGCGUGGUGGAAGAGAGAUUCAUCUUUGAGAGAACUUCAUCUGGACCAGGUCAGUUCAGCAGGAGGGAAGAGCAUCCCUGCUCUGUGACGGACGGACAGAAAAGAAGCCUGGUUCUGGUCCGGAACAACAUGGAGCUUCUGGCAGUGAUGCUGCAGGGAGGCAGCGACAGCCGCAAAGUUUACCUGAACAUGGCGACUUACGUUCACCUGAGUCCCGACACUGGGCUGGGCCAGCCUGUGGUUCUGGGCAUCAAAAACUCUGACCUCUACCUGUCCUGCUACAAGGUCGGCGACAAACCAACGCUGCAUCUGGAGGAAGUGGAGGACAAAGCGAGCCUCUCUGAGAUCAGCGCAGAAAGCGACCUGAGGCGCUUCCUGUUCUACAAACGCGACACGGGGCUGAACAUCAGCACUCUGAUGUCCGCUAACUGCCCCAACUGGUACAUCAGCACCGCCACCGACAACAACCGGCCCGUGGACAUGUGCCAGGAGUCCGCCUCCCGCUACAGAACCUUCUGCAUCCAGCGGCAGAGCUGAACCCGGCCUGCAGGAGGCGCUCAUCAGCCGGAUCGCUGCAGCACAGCCACACUCUGCUGGAUGGACGUGUGCGUGUUCAAUGUAGUAUUUUACUGUAUGUACCAAGUACAGAAAGGAUACUGCCCAAUGUAUUGACUUUGUCAGAUUUCUACACAAGGUGGUGCCAUUGUUUCAUCCAAGAAGCAUUACCUUGUAAAUAUGGUUGGCCUAAUAUUUGUGACUUGAUUUUUAAUAUUUAUUUAUGUAUUUAUGCAAAAUUGCUAAUUUUAUAUUCAUGAUCUGGAAAUCCGCUUGCUAAUCAUUGUUUAGAGAACAUGCAAAUGUAUUAAAUAAAGAUCAAACUACAUAUA